AUGGCUACCUCACAUAAGGAUCUAGAAGGUUGGCAAGUCAUCACUACCGAUGAACACGGUAAUAUCACUACUGGUUCUAGAAGAAGAUCCAGAAAAGGUGGUGCCAUAGAAAAUGUCUACAUACAAAGAAUCUCUGAUGGGUUAAGUUUCGGUCGCGGGAAUAGUGUCGUCAUGCAUGACGAAGUGACAAAAACAUACUCCAUAUACUUGAUACACGAGAUCCGUCAAAACACUUUGAACAAUCUAAUUGAGAUCUGGGCGUUCUCUUAUCUUAGAUGGUUUGAAUUGAAUCCGACUAAAUAUUAUACUCAAUUCGAUCCGUUAAUGUUGAAAAAGGGCUUAUCAAAUGAAGAACUGAAAGAUAUUUUCUUCAAGGGGAUCAAUUUAAACGAAAUUUACUUAACUGCUGAGUUGUCUGAAAUCUGGCUAAAGGAUUUCAUCGAUAUCGCUAACGUCGUAACUAAAGCUGAAUAUGAUAAGAUCCCAAAGGAUAAACUAGCUGAAGAUAAAGAUUUUUUCAUUAGGUACAUAUGUGAACCUACUGCUGAAAGCUUUGUUUCCAUGGACAUAAAUAAAGAAGUCAAAAGAAUCAAAAUGAUGGAACCGAAAAGUUCGGAAGAACAUUUAAAGAAAAUGACUGUAAGGAUAGAAAAACCUUCCAGUAGUACUAGUAGAAAAGUGCCUUCAUCUUCUGCCCCUUCCUCCAAUACACAUGCUGUUACUCAAAGUAGAUUACAAUUGAAAGAACGUUUGGUAGAACCAGAUAUCAAAGAUGAAUGGUCUUCUUCGGAAGUUCCAGCUUCUUUUAUUCUAAAUAAGACUACUCCGCCAAAAAAUUCUUCACCAACUUCAAAUUCCUCAAUUACUCAAAAUAAACCUGUAAUGGGACAACAACAACCACAACAACAAAAGUUAUUUACUGAAGAUUCUGAUAGUGAUUCUAAUUAUCCCAAUAAAAACACCUCGCUAUCAAAGUCUGGAGAAAUUAAAGAUAAAGCUGAAGCUAAUGCUAAUGUUGAUCAAAAAUUAAAAGAAGAAGCAGAAAAAGAGGAAAAGGAAAAAGAGGAAGAGGAAAAAAAGGAAGAGGAACUCACUUCUCCUUCAGAAAAUGAGGAGGACAGUUUUGUUGUUGCUGAUGAUGCUGAAUUGGUCUCUGAUUCCUCCUCCUCUUCCUCACAUUUACCUGAUUCGGAAGAAGAAGAAAGAUUGGAACGUGUUCAUCGUAAGCGUAGUGCUUUAAGAAAAGAAUUAUACGGGCCAAAAAGAAAAGAAAGAAAACUUUCUAAAAACAAGCCACAGAAAAAAGUCAUAUCUGAAUCUGAUUCCGAGGAAGAUACACCAUUACGUAAGAUCACGUCUCAACCACAACCAUCAUCCCCGUUAGAAAAAUCAAAAUCAAUAAUUCCAGAAUCAACACACACACAAGGUGACAAUUCUAUGGAACUAGCAACUCAAGAAACAAAACAACUAUCUGUUGACCUUAACAAAUUGAAAGAUAAAUAUGCCAGGUUAAAAUCCAAGUUCGAAAAUAAUUCAAAAGAUCCUUCACAAAACUUUUCAAGUAAUAUUUCAGAAAAUUCAAAUGAUAGUAAUAUUACUUUAAAAUCAUUAGAUAUAGCCGCGUUAGAAACUAAAAUAAAACCAACUGUUCCUAACAACCAAAGAACUCCAACUAUUUUCUCCACACUGAAGAAACAAAAAGAUAUUAGUGAUGACAAAUCAAUAAUUCAAGUUAUUCAGGAUUUUGUGUCUCUUCCCGCCAGAUCGAAGGAGUUUGCUAGAUGCUAUUUAGAGAUAUUUGAUUCUUUACGUAAAAAUGAAUCUAAAGCACUUUACAUCAAUGGAAGAUCUGGCAAUGGUAAGUCCUCAAUAGUUAAUAGACUAAUACAUGAACUAGAGAAAUCUAGUGAUUAUAAAGAGUUAUCUAUUUUCAAUACUGCAAUAUUGAAUCGUAGAACCAUGUGUGACAGUUUAUAUAAAUAUGUUUGGGAUAAAUUGUCUGAUCACAAAGAUGAGUUUUUAAGUCCUGAUGCUAUUGAAUGUUCAUUAGAAUUCUUUUUUGCAUCAAUUGAUAAAAAUAGAAAACGUCACUCAAUAAUUGUACUUGAUGAUUUGGAUUUAUUAUGUAAUGAAAAUCCAAAUUUAUUAUUCAAAUUCUUUUCUUGGACUACCUUUCCAAAUUCUAAAUUAAUUGUUAUUGCUGUGGGACAAAAUCCAGAUUUAAUUAAACAAUCUCUAGGAAAACAUGUUCUUUCAAAGAUAAAUUAUCAUCAUAUUCCAUUUGAAAAUUAUUCCGAUAAAGAGUUAUCUAAAAUUGUUGAAUACCAUUUAAGAAAUUUGAAAGAUAAUUACAAGUAUAAAAUAUAUCAAGACACAAAAACUUUGGAUAUAAUAUUUGAAAAAAUUCAAAUCAACAAGGAUGAAGAGAAUAAUAAUAGUAACAACAGUAAGAGCAUCUCUAAAGUAAUAAAUACCUAUAUGGAUGAUAAAACAAUAACUGAAGCAUGUAAAAAAAUAUGUUUAACUAACAAUGACGCUGGAUCUGCCGUACGUAUCAUUGAAAACGCCAGUGAUUAUGUAAUUGAUGAAUACAUUAAGGAACAAAACAUAUUUUUGAAAAGUAAUAAGGAAUUCUCUCUUUCCGAUUUGCCAAAUGAAAAGGAAAUAGAUUUGAAUGCAAUUUUAAAAUCAUUGGAUCAAACAAACAUAAUUAUUGAUGACGAACAAUACAAAAAAUUGUCGUACAUUGAAAAAUUAUUUUUAUUCAGUUGCUCUUUAUGUGUUAGUGAGAAAAUGACCUAUUUCUUAGAAACUGAAGAAAUAUAUGAUAAAAUGAUUCAACUAGUUAACAAUAAUAAAGAAAACAGUUUCAUUGCUAAUAUACUACAAACAUUGAUCAUUGAUUCUGAUAACACACCUAGGGCAGGAGCCAAAGAAUCACAUAACUACAGUAAAGAAAUCUUUGAAGUAUUAAAUUGGAAUAAGAUUAUUCAUCAUUUAGUCUCCUUAAAGUUCUUAGUUGUUACAAAGGAGGAUACAAAGAACGUUAAUCAAGCAAAAACCAUUAAAAUAAACAUGCCAAUUUCAGCUUUGUUUUAUAAUUCAAAUCUAUCUACCAUAAAUGUUUAA